AUGGUGUCUUCACAUAAGAGGGCUAAACCUUCAAAAAUAAAAAUUAAGGUACCUUUGAACAAAAAAUAUAGUCGAGAUAGCAGUAAAAAGGCUUCACCAAUACCCUCUAAAGCCAGUAAUAUUUUCCUUGGUUCUAAAAGCAACACUGACAGUUUAAAAAGUACGGUGAAGAUUAAAAACAGCGACAUAAAAGAAUCAAAAAUUUACCGAUCACCGUCAAACAAUUCGCUAGCUGCAAGUACUGUAACGUUAAGCGUCAGUCCGUCACAAGCCUCCUACUUGCUGCCUUCCUAUCAUCCAGACAACCUUUAUAAACACAUUCAUCUGAAACAGCCAUCCAAGCAAGAGAUCAUUACAAUAACAAAGAGGCAUUCUAACAAUUGUGCUUCUAAACAUUCUCAGCUUAGUGAUAAAUCUCCAAUCAAGUUGGCCAGUCACAGCAGCAAUAAAACUUUAAAAAAUUCGAACCAUUCAACACCAUCCAGCAGGCAGCAAAUUAAUUCAAUGAAAUCUAACGACUCUAAAUCAAAAUCUAGAGUGACAAUAGUUAACGAAAGGGAUUACAGAUCCGUAUCAGGAGCUUCGACUAUUUCUUAUUAUGAUAGCUGCAAUAAACCUCCGAAUGCGAAUGUUAGUGAAAUCGAAAUUGUUUUCCCCAAAGGUUCUUUGUCAAACAAUAAAAACAUCGAAAAAAUAUCUUCUCUGAUCUGUAGAAUCAUUAAAAGUGACCACACAGACGGUCGCGAUAGUGAAGAACAAAAAAGAAAAAUGAUAUGUCGUCUGCAACAGAUUUUAAAGGACAUGGAAGAUUUGGCUGCCAGGAAUUCGUUACACAGCUCUAAUAUGGCUGUUUGUGAUUCUGAUGUUCUGGAAUAUGACGAAGAUUUGAGUAGGGAGAGAAUGCUAUGCAGUCGUUCUACAUCGUCGAAACCUCCUGCAAGACAGUGCUAUGUAGUCGAUAAUUCCAUAAAAGAUGAUUGUUGCAUCGAACAUGUUGACUCUUCGAAAGUGAAACCUUUAAAAAUGAAAUCAAGUCUCAUGCAGAACAAAAGAGAAAGCGCCAUCUUCUCAGAGAUUUCGUCUAGUUCAACACUGGAGGGCAAUGCUUUUUGGUCUUUUGUGCCUAAUGAUAUUCCAAUGAACCAAAAAUUAAAUUCAAGUUCUCUAGAGUUGACGUAUAGAGGUUUCUUAUAUCUGCUUCGUUACAUCGAGAAACUUUGCUUAAAGAAGUGCGUAUACACGAGGGAUUUCUACAGAACCGUGGCUCCCAAUCUGGCCACAAAAAAUCACAUCAUUGGCGCGGCAAAUUGCAAACGGCCUAUAGACAAAUAUCACUCGGUGGCAGUGACGAUGGUUUUGUUGUGCCAUAUGCAGAGCUUGAUUAGGAGGUCAAGAAACUCCAUAGAGCCCUGCUUGAAGAAAUUAUGGAUUCGAAUUUUCCAUCAUCUACUCAUUCUCUAUAGAACUUCUUCUAUCUGUAACGAAACGAUCGUGAAAUCAUUCGUACCUAUGCUUAUUCAUCCUACAUCCAUUAAGUAUAACCAGGCAAUUAGCAUACUGAUGAUGCUAUUGGAUAAUUACGACAUCAAAAAAUCAAUAAGCAUCGUAUCCAGGCAGAUGCAAACACUGGGCGCCACCAGUCGGAAUGUUGAUUCGUGUGCAUUCGGCGCUGAUGAUGACGUCGAUGAUGACGUCAUGCCAAUGAACGGAGUCAAGAAACCUCAAUUCUGUAUGUCGUUAUUGUUAUUAGUAGUGAAAAGAUCACGAAAUAAUUUUCUUAUUUCAAAAUAUUUUAAUUUAAAAAUUUUGAAAGCCUCAUCUAGAUUAGACGGUAUGGGAGGGAAAAGAAGGAAAUUUGGACCAUCUCGGAUCUCCUUCAAAGACGAGGUGACUAUUCGUAACUGGAGCAGACAGGAUCAGUGUGGCUGUUGUGAUAGGAGGUGUCUGGAUAGGGAACAUCUCGAUGUGCACCACUCGUACAACGAUAACAACAACAUUCGGAUUUCCAGGGAUGGAAUGCCGAUGACGUUUAAUUAUUAUGAAACUGAAAGUGAUGAUGGCGACGUUGAUGGAGAUGAUGAGGUUGAUGAUAAACAGGAUGAAGAAGAUGAAGAAGGUGAAGAUGAUAAAGAUGAAAUUAGACAGAAUGAUGGUUUAACAUCUGAUUCUAAUGGGAAUGUUGGACACAACGAUAUCUAUAAUGAUGCUGAUAAUGAUGAGGAUGAUAAGAAUGAUGAUGAUAUGGACGUUGAAGCUGAUAUUGAGCGAAACUAUAAGAACAUGAACGAUAAAAUUAGCGUCGGUAAACACAACAAAAAACUGAAAAAUAGCCAAAGUAAAACAGGCAAUAAAUAUAUUUCUGACGAGGAAAACCUAUACAGAGUUGAUAUUGAGAAUAAUAAUUACGAUAAAAAACCCAACGAGCGCGUAAAAGAUGAUUCUAAAAAUAAACUUGAAACAAAUCGUGAAGAUAAUAAUUCAGCAUCAGCAAAACAGCGAAAGAGUAAAAACCGGCAAAACUCGAAUGUGCUGCCCGAUGCAUCAAACUCUAGUACGCUCUCGAAUAAUAAAAAUAAAUUGAAAAACAUCAAAGGAGAUUACAAAAGUGAAAGUGAAAAUGCCGAUCGCUCUUCAGCACCGGUCCGUAAUGCCUUCAAUAGUAGCGACGUCGAGACUGUUAGGGAUGUUCCAACGACCGAACAGGCAAGUAAAAAAAUUAGCAAACGGCCAAAGAUUGAAGAAAAAAAAAUAAGAACAAAUCUUAAUGAGGUUAUCGACUCAAAACUCGAAAGCAGCAGCAGUAGCGGCAACAAACUACAAUCACGUCCGCCUUCCAAUCCACCAACACCACAUCUAAAACCAUCAUCUUCAUCACCUCCAAAACCGCCAACAUCAUCAUCAUUAUCACCAACUUUACCGGCACUGGUUCCCUCAAGACCUAAGAUUUCCUCCUUUUCCCCUCUUCCUUCGUCUUCAACGAAUCAAAAGGCUGACGGUAUUUUGACGGGAGGCAGUGAUGACGUAGACAUAAAUGCAUCACGUGAUUUGUUGCAAUCUUCUAAGAGUCUCGGUGCUAGCUCGGUGAUGGGUGACAUCACAUCCCUGUCUCAAACCGAAGCUUACAGGAAAAUUCUAUCUGAAUCACUUCGUUCUUCCCAGGACGGCAAGCUGGAUGGAGAACACGAAGGCGAUGUUGACGACGACGACAUUGAGAAACAGUUCAAAAAUCUAUCUAUUAACUCAACAUACGUUAUAAAUGAAGCAGCGGUUUUUGACGAGAAAGUUGGUAAGUUCAACCUGCCGAACACGACUGCCAACACGCCAUACAACACGUUGAAUACAGUCAAUAGUACCUCGCCUAACAAGUCUCCAUCCAUCCUGAACCUGGAUUUUAUUCUCCAAGUUUUUCGAAAGCCAGCGGAGAACAUAAAGGAGAGGAGGCUGAUGACGACGAUUCGUGGACAUGAAAAAAAACAAUCUUAA